CUCAAAGAACCGAUCAAAUUACAAGUCUUCCUGUCAGCCGAUAAACAAGCAAUAAAACGACGCGAAAUUUCGCUGGGGUUUAUCAUUCUAAUUGGAACUCGAGAAAGAACAGUGCAGUAUCAAUUUUAAUAACGGUAAAUAAGAAGGCAAGAUUUGAUUGAAGAUUUUUCAAAGACAUAUAGCCUACUAGGCUUCGAUUUCUAGCAGUAUCAAAGAAAAGCGAAGGUAAUUACCUAUUCGCAUUUAUCUACGUUUCCACUAUAUUUCAGUCAUCAUCAGGAUAUAAACAUGCACUUACACUUGUUUUGUAUUUUGUUAAAAUACUCAGUGGAUCUAAAAAUAUAUGAUUGUAUAUUGAUUUGAUUAUCAAUGCGUCGUAUUUUUUGCGCAUAUAUAUAUACCGCGAUAGAUCGUAUUUUUAAAAUUUUUUUUCCUACAUAUAAUCUAAUGGUUUCAUAUACAGUUCUGCCAAUUAUAGCUAUACUACAUUAACUAGGGCUACUAACUAGGAGCCUAUAAACUCUCCCAAAAAUUGCGGCAAUCACUGAGUCUGAGUAUUUUAAUAACUAAACUACUGUAUUGUAACUAUGUAACCUUAUAUAUAGUAAUUACUAAUUGUUGUUUUUCUACUUAGCCUAAUCUGAUAUGAAUGAACUACUUACCAUCUUGUUCUUUUCAGUUUGCGAAAUCCCGAAUCAAAUAUGAGAAUUUAUUUUGUCCUGUGCUUCGCGGCAUUCGUUGCCUUCACCCAAACUCAACUUGGACUCGCCGGUCCUCCCGGCCCCCCUGGAAAGAGGGGGCCCACUGGCUCAAAACGAGUCCGAAUUACCCCCUAUUGUCGAGUGAGCUCGAAGAUCACAAAUUUUCUGAAGCAAUUUCGUUCCACCGGCCUUAAAGGAGCAAGUGGCAAAAAGGGUAGUGCUGGUUUAAGAUUUAAAUCGAAGCAGAGUCGUUUCGCGGUGAGUUAUAAAGUUUACAUGUAAUGAAAAUGAUAUUGAUGGUUCAAACACUUUUCGGUUUAGACUGUUCUGCAGUUUUUGUAAAGUAGCCGAAUAAAAAAAGUCAACAGUCUUCUCAGUAAUCAGUGACGCAUCUAUUGUGAUUGACCACCAUUUGCUGUAUGACAUGCAAUCGUCAAAUAAUAUCCGAAAUAUGUAAGAUAAUAGACAAAGAGUCGAAAAUGCAAGAAAUACUUAAAUAAUAGUCGAAAAUGCAACAAGUAUGUAAUGCUAGGAAAAACGUUAACGAAUUCGAAAAUAACAACAUAAAACGCUCACUGAGUUACCAGCGAUAUACAUACCCUUUUCUAGAUAUAUACCUAAUAAUAAUAAACGAACGAACGAAUGUAUUCCUUCCACUCGUGAGCUCAUACCGGAAGGAGGGCGUUGUGCCAACAAUUUCGUAAAUUGUUCACGAAAACUUUUUUGAUAAGUAGGGCAAAUUCCAUUCUACCCCUAAUUUGUUUACUCCCGUACGGCUAUAUGAAUUGAGUUCAUCUAAGAAAAGUAAUUUCUAUAUCUUUUUCUACACUACAGAAUUACAAGUGGAUUUAUAACUGCCUACACGUGGCUUUUAACUUCCAACACCGUAUCUUCGAGAAAUCCACUUACCAAUGUUGUCAACAAUGCGAAUUUCCUGGCUUCUCUCGUUGUAUGCGGAAAUACAGCGGGGCCGUGGCACAGGCCAGGUGUAAUGGCGAGGCCAUACGAUGCAUAGCACGCUGUAUCAACAAGAAAAGUCCAACAGCUGGUCGGCCCGGUCCAACAGGUGGUCGACCCGGUCCCCCUGGGCCUGGAGCAAAGAAAUGUCCCGUGAAGCGCAAAAAAGUUGGAGGUUCGUACUGCCUUGAACGAUCCUGUAUCCGUGUAUGAAAAUCGAACUGAAGUGUUGGCCAUUACAAACGGUUUGUCCGAAGAUUUGGUCAAAAAGCUGUUAAAUUAAGAAUUUAUAAGACUUUUUAUAUGACUGAAGACUAGCAAGAUAAUAAAUAUACGUAGUAUUUACUAUGAGAAGUUACCAUUUACCAUUGUAUGUUUAAAUUAAUUUCGCUUUUUAAUUAAAACUGAGCUAUCACUUUAAAUGACAGUACCUUGUCUGUAUUUUCUAUUCGUGUUCGUUUAUGAAUGUUCGACUAAUCCUCCUGUUCAUUGUUGUAUUCUGUAGAAUGAAAGAAAAUUAAUUAGUAUUCGAUUAAAUUAAAUUAAGUAACUCUGUCAGUUCUGAAUUGUUCUUGCUAGAGGUCCUGUAAUAUUAUUAUCUUU